AUGGGAAAUAUGGGUGCACCACAUGGUAAACUAGCAGAAGCUAUUUUUUAUUCUCAACCACAUGAUGAUUUCCAUGAUCCUCUUCUUUUACUUCCUCCUCUUCUGUCGGUUCCUACGAGUAAAAAAAUUCUGUGUCGUAAUAAUGUUGGUAGUAGUACAAAUGCGAGAAUACGUUUUUGGAAAAGUCAUAUGCGUAUAAGCCAUUUGAUAACAGAUGACAACUGGCUAUUUCUAACAGAAAAAUUUCAAACGCUCAAUGACGACAGUGGUAGUGGUGAUAUUGGUUUUGGUGAUAUCGAGAAAGCAUUAGGAUUAAUUGGUAUUAUAAUUGAAAAAUCUGAAUUAAAUAUUGCUCUAUUGAAAUAUGAACAUAUCGAAGAAAGGUUGUCGAAACUGGAAUUUGAAGAAUUGUAUCUAACACUUAGAGCAGAAAAAGAUAUCGAUCAUUCAAAACAAACAUAG